AUGGCGCAUCCCGUUGAUGCAUCAGUACCAGCGAAAGACGCUGCUUCCAGCCUCUCUGUAGCUCCAUUAGGCACCUCGUAUCGUUCGACAGAGGGCAGCUCGGUCGUCUCGAACAGUAGCCUUUUAGAUCUCUAUGCUCGUUCGCCAGGCUCCUUUCCAGGGUCAUUGGACACACCUCUUCAAUCCGAUAGCAACUUCACAGCCGCUGGAAGCUCAAAUAUCUCCUUGCAGCCUUCUGCCUCUGCUUCCACUUCGAUUACUACCGGCUUGCCAACGCCUUUAACCACACGUGGCUUCCAGGCGUCCAACCCUGGCCCAUCAGCAAUCACCUCAGGUUUCUCUUUGCCUCCUAGCGACAGCAACGCCUCAAUAUGGACCACCGCUUCCGCUUCUGCAAACACUUCUGGUCCACAAAGCAAACGGGCUUCUGUGAUCGGAUUCGACAUCGAUGCCAUGCAUAGCGUACAGCCAGCGAACGAAUCUAGCACUUCUGAUCCAUCAAUUGGUUUCCCGUCGCAACCGCUGCAGACGGGAACUCAAGAAACUCAGAACGAUAGCGAUGGAUCCCAUUAUGAUGAAGACGAGAUGCCGGGUGCUUUUUCUCACGACACCACCGACCGGCCAGCGGACAGAACCCUCGAGGCUCCCAUACAACUGAAGCGCAAUGCCACUGCUUCCACGCAGACCAAUGAGCCCGCUGAGGUAGAACUUUUCUCUAACGCUCUUCCCUCGCCUCCUGUACCAAGACGCACGAGCAGCGUGAUGCAGGACAGCUUCAACAUCUCUCCGAGCCCUUCGCAGUCGGAUGGGAUCGCUUCAUCAUUCGCGAAGCAUGCAAUGUCACGAUCGAGCUCUGGUCAACUCAUCUUGGACCAAAUUCCACCACGUCGAAGCAGCGCAGACUUUCGCGAUGAGGCCGCUCGUAAUCUUUCUUUGAAUGCUCCCACGCAUGUUUCACAGGAAGCUUCGAUCAGCCAUGCUGCUCUAAGCGACCCAACACCUCAGACAUCCAGUCGAGGUCCCGCCAGCCCUACCAAAGGCACAGCACUCCAGGCUGUCAACGAAGAUACGUCGAACAACAAGCAAAAUAGCAGCCGGUAUUCAGAUGAACCAAGUCUCGAAGAGCAGAGGCGGCUCGAGAAGCAACUUCUCGCCGAGGCGGAUGAAUCUCGACCCCGGACGCUCAAAGAAGCGCGAGAACGCGCCAGGUUGCGCAAGCAGCAAGGUGAUGCAAUGUCUCCACCAUCGUCGUCGGCGAGCAAUAAAAAGUCUGCAGGAACGACGACCAGCCCAAGCAAAAGCGCAUCACUUCACAUACGAGAUGUCGCAUCCUCGGCUACAGCUGCAGCCCCAACCAUGGCUGUCGACGAAAGCAUUUCGCGUACCAGCAUUGACUCACGGGAUCGGCCGUCGCGCAACCCCAAGCGCCUCUCGAACCGCGACGAUUCGCUCGUCUCGAGCCGUCGCUCGCUCUCAGAGCGAUCGACGCCCUCUGACUACUCAGACGAUUCAGAUGUUGAAGGCGCCUUUACCUUUGACAAGCCAGCAACGCGAUCGGAUCAACAUCUUGGUGCAUCUGCUGGCGACGAUCAGCCGGCUACGAGCAUGAAUGACCUCACUGAUGCUGUCGAGGACGCCAUGAAUGACCUCAGUUUCGGCGACGAGACCAUCUCUGCAGAGGACGAGUUUACAACUCCCAUGCCAGCCCCGACGGUGCAAGAAGACGCACCUGCGCGUCUGCCGACGUCGCUGUCUUCAGCCAAGAGCUUGGCGAGCGUCACGGGCGCCGCUACGGACGCUGUCAGACCUAGCCUCCUGGCUUCACCAACAUAUUAUACGCAAGCGACGCCCAAGACGCCGUUGUUUCCUACCGGCAUAUCGGAUCCAUCGCUGGCAACUCCUCCGCCUGGCUCCCCAAUUCAACAACGCACUGCGCAAGCGGGGUAUGUGCCUCAACGAUCUGUUCCGCAAACUCCGAGUCGCAUCGAUGUCUAUGGUAAAACGCUACCUAUGCCGAAAGCCUUUGUGAGCAGUAACAUCAUUGUUGACAAGAAACGCGCAUCUUCGUGGGAGCGUGCUAGCUCGUAUGCGCGGUGCACAAACGAGCUAUUGCACCUCGAAACAGGAUUGAGCGUGUGGAUGCAGGUCGUGCAACGACCGGCGAUGCGGCAGCAGAACAGCCGACCGAACAAGCAGCAACCCGAUGACUGGAUCGCGCACGCAAGUUUGCCGAGGCAUUUUCGGAAUGAGGCGUCUUAUGCAGACUCGAUCCGAUCUGAUAUGACGUUCCCGAUGCGUGGCGAUGGCGCCAAGGCUAAGGAGAUCGUCUCGGUCAUGCCUACCAUGGCGGAAUCGCCGGUUCAGGAUGCUGUCAAUCUGCCAUAUCCGGGUGUGGUGCAGCCGCAGCAGCCGCAGCAGCUGAGGUCCAACUCAGUCCAGUCUUUGUCGUCGUCGAACCCGGCUGUUCUGGCGUCGACAACGCAUGUCUCGCUGCCUGCGUCGCGAAGCAGCGGACUGGCAAGUGGCAAUCGGUUCUUUGGUGGUCUUGGUCGUAAGGGAAGUAAGCGAACGCAGACGUCGGCAACAACGUCGAACGCUGGAGCGGUGUCAUCGCUGUCGUCGGCGGCUGCAGCGGUGGGGGGCUCACGUGCGUAUUUGGCGAACAAUCGUAGUACGCGCACUGCUUCUCCUGGUGGUGCCGUGGUUGGAAGCAUCCCUUCGUCUCGUCCUAGCACAGAUACGUUUGAGACGAGCUAUUCAAGUCACAGCCGACCAGAGAGUCCAGCGACUGGUGCUGGGCGCGUGAGCGGACUGGGGCUGGGCGCACUGGGUGGAGAGACGGUGUCGAGUCCACUUGCGUCAGCAUCGAAUGUACGAAUGGAUGCGGGUCGCGAGACCAACGUCGGCACUUCGAUGGCUGCAGCGUCGAGCUCCGGUACGACCGGGCUGAGAGCACCGAUGGGACCGCGUGCGCCCAACGCGAUGGCGCGCUCAGGUACAGGAUCCGGUCAAAUGCAUACGUCGACAGCUGCACCGACUAGGCCGAUUACACCAGUCACUCCGAUCACACCGAUUUCACCUAUCAGCGGCGGGUUUGGUAGCGGACCCACAUUUGUCUCGCGGCUCGGAGGUGCGAGUUUCAGCAGCGCUUCACACGCGCCGUUGCGUUCUCCGAAUCGAGAGUUUUCGUUGGCGGAUUACCUUGCGCCUCGUCGCACGAGCGAUGUUUCUGGCGCACUGACGUCGCCGCCGCUCUCGUCGAAUUCGACUCACGAAACCGGGAGCGCGGUAAUGGGUACUUCGCCUAGACUGCUCGGCGCUACCGCUGCCAGUGGCAACGGCAGUGGCGCACUCAGGUCGUCGCUUUCCUACAGCUCGGUGCGCGACCGCAUCAGACGUGGCUCGCAAACAGACGUCGACCAAGACGCGGCUUUCCAACACGCUCUCGUCAAGUUGAGCGAUAUCCUACCAGACGCCGAUCUCUCAACGUUGAAACACUACCUCAAAAAGGCCAAGGGAAAUGAUCUAGUAGCCAUAGGCGAUUAUCUCCAGGAUCAGAGCUUGGGCAAGCUGCCCCAGCUCUAG